UGUCUCCCAUCAGCGCAGCGCAUUGUCUUUGCGCAGCUGGAACCCUGUUUUUAAUAUCUCUUUUCUCUCGAACUCACCUCUUACACCCGAUAUACCAUCACCAUCUGCAGGCGCCGCACCUGUAAUCAGACUUGCGACAGACCGACCUACCUUACUACAGCUGGCGGCGGCCUUAUCCGAACUCAUUGUUGAGCUCAUCUCGGGCAGCAGCCAUAGUUGAACCGUCGUUCUCACAAAGGUCAGUUACUAUUUCACAAAGUGCCUUUUUUAUUUAUGACAGUCAAGCGACAGUCUGAUCAGUCUCGUGUCUCAUUAUCGAGCGAGCUGGCUGAGAUGGCGCAUCUUGAGUGUUUCUCUUAACGCCGUCUGCCUUUUAUCAAGACCGAGCAACAAAGAAGCUUCAUUUGAUCUUUCCCAGUUCUCAUUUUUGUUCGGAGAGAUGUUUUUGAUGCUAUCACUUAUCGAAGAGAUGCGCUUACGAAAGAACAACUCACAAAAGAUACACUUUGUCUUUCACUUGGCCUGCCUUGCUGUUCCUCAACGUUCGGCACCUAGACGAAUCCUGAAUAUAUAACUGACCUGGCAUUAGAAGAUUGCCUGAUUCUGGGCAACCUGGGUCGUCUCUUCCUGCGUGGUUGAAGAUCGAUUAGCCUUCGGAAACAGGGCAGAGCAUUCAGUCAGACCUGCUCAUCUUCCUGAGACAUAGGACUGCCUUCCGUCCUAGCUCGAACCAUCCCGGCUAUCAGUACCUUGGAAAGUCUCUGUUGGUCAGCCACGGCGAUCUUGCUCUGCUGCCCAAAGUAUCAGACACUGUCCUCGUCUCGUAUCACUUGCGAUAAGCAUCAUCCGCGUUUUGGGGCGUGUCGACACAGCCGGUUUCUGACCAUGGAAGGCGGCGACCCGGACGUCGUCAUGGGCGGGGAUGAUAAGCCUUCAAAUGACACCACGACUACCAAUGGAGUUCCAGUGCCUGCUGAUGGGGUACAAAAAGACGAGAAUACCACAUCGCCCGACGACGAGGAUGAGGAGGAUGAAGAGGACUACGAAGAAAUUCUAGAUGAUGACUCGAUUCGCAGACGAGGACUACUCCCUACGGCAUGUUGCUACGAUGACCGCAUGAAGCUUCACGUCAACGCCGACUUUGGGACUACGCCUCAUCACCCGGAAGACCCUCGCCGAAUAGAGGAAAUUUUCAAAGCAUUCAAGAGGAAUGGCUUAGUUUUCAAUGGCCCGGAAAGCAAAAUCACGGAAGUGAUGCGUCACAACCCGUCGAAGUACAUGUGGAGGAUUGGCGCUCGAGAAGCAACGAAGGAAGAAAUUCUUACCACACACACUCCGCUGCACUAUCACUGGGUCGAGAGCCUAUCGAAGAUGGACUACCCCACGCUACGAGAAACGAGCCGGCAAUAUGAUCAAGGCCGUGCCUCGCUUUACGUUGGCAGUCUGACAUUCACGGCAGCCCUUCUCUCCUGCGGUGGCGCCAUCGACACCUGCAAGCAUGUCGUCGAGGGCAACGUCAAGAAUGCCUUUGCUGUCAUUAGACCCCCGGGUCAUCAUGCAGAGUACGACCAACCCCUCGGCUUCUGCUUCUUCAACAACGUACCCGUUGCCGUCAAGAUCUGCCAGCAAGAAUAUCCAGAGGCCUGCAGAAAGGUGCUCAUCUUGGACUGGGACGUUCAUCACGGCAAUGGUAUUCAGAACAUUUUCUACGACGACCCAAAUGUUCUGUACAUUUCUCUUCACGUCUAUCAAAACGGACAAUUUUACCCUGGACCACCCGAGAACGCAGAAAUACCUGAUGGAGGCCUCGAGCACUGUGGUACAGGACCCGGGCUGGGAAAGAACAUCAAUAUUGGAUGGCAUGACCAGGGUAUGGGCGAUGGCGAGUACAUUGCCGCCUUCCAGAAAAUCAUCAUGCCUAUUGCCAAGGAGUUCAACCCCGACUUGGUUGUCAUCUCUGCAGGAUUCGACGCUGCCGACGGAGACGAGCUCGGUGGUUGCUUCGUGAGCCCUGCUUGCUACUCACACAUGACCCACAUGCUCAUGUCCUUGGCAGAAGGCAAGGUCGUCGUGUGCUUGGAGGGUGGCUACAACUUGCAAGCCAUCUCAACGUCAGCGGUAUCAGUUGCUCGUACGCUGAUGGGAGAACCGCCACCGAAGAUGAACUUGCCAUCUCUGAACAAGGACGCAGCCAGGGUCCUCGCCAAAGUACAGAGCUACCACGCGCCGUACUGGGAAUGCAUGAGACCUGGUAUCAUUCCGAUGCCGGAUAUUCAAGAUCUGCAUGUCACAAGACUCAACGACCAUAUCAGGCUCGGUCAAAGGCAAGCUUUGUCACAACGCCAUCAGAUGAUUCCUCUCUUCAUACAAAGAGAUAUGCUCUUCAAAUCCUACGAGAAUCAGGUCCUCGUAACACCAGACAUUCCGUCCGCACGGCGUAUCCUCAUCAUCUUUCAUGAUCCGCCGGAGGUCUUGGCUCAACCUGAUGUGGUUGACCGCCACGUGGAAGCCCAUAACGCCUGGGUAGUCGAUAGCGUCGAACAGUACAUUGAUUGGGCGGUUGGCCAAGGCAUUGCAGUCAUGGAUGUCAACGUUCCGAACAAGGUUCUACGAGACGAAGAUAUGGAACCUUACACUCAGCAGACAGGAGAGAUUGAGCUCCUGGGCGAACUUCAGGAGCUGGCGAACUACCUAUGGGACAACUACAUCCAGCUCUACGAGGAGGCCGACGACAUUCUUCUUCUUGGCGUAGGUCGGUCUUACAGUGGAGUUAGGGCGCUCCUGACUGGACGAGACUGCAAAGCCAAAAUUGCUGGAGUCGCCUGCUUCAUCAAGGGAAUGUUGCGACCCGUCAAGUCUGACGUCGACACCGAGCUUGCACCCUGGUAUAAGGACCACUCCCAGAUCUACGUUGAGCAUGAUCACGCGUGCUGGUCUCGUGCAGACACAAAGCACAGAGUAAGUAAGCGCCGCUUCGGCACAGUGAUUCGGAGUCCGGAGAACGGUACCCAGAAGAUGGCGCAGGCCCAUGCCAAGGAGGUCCAGAGUUGGAUGCUGGAUAUGCUCGCGGCUCGACAGAAUGGUGAUACUACGGAGGAUGACAAGAUGGCUUGACAUGCGCCGGCUGAGUGAGCCUGCUUCAAAGUUGGGAUGAGAUACCGGGGGGAGGCGCGCGCAGUGCAGCACAUAUACAACUGGGUACUGAAGCCUACGCGGCUGGCGUUGAGGAUGGAGAUAUGUUCCAGGUCCGCAGUACGCUAGUUACGGGAGAGCGGAGGAUUUUGAGAGAGAAGAGACACUUUUGGUAGCGAGGAAUCUUCGAGCGCGGGAUGGGUGUCAGCGACGUACCUUAGGUAUUUGGCGAGAGAAUUCUGUUGAUACACCACCACAAUGCGAACCAUGUUGCGCCG